AUGAGCGAAGACGCCGCAGUCCUCCUCGCAGACUUUGUCAGCUCGCUCGACAACCUCCCCUCCGAGGUGUGCCACAUCCUCGAGGAGAUCGGCCACAAGGAGAGCCGCGUGUCAGACUUGCGAUCGAGGGCACUCCAGCGUGACCAGGCGAUACAGAAGCAUGCCAAGUCGGCCGCAGCCGGAGGGCAGGGGCUGCUCGUCCCCAACCCGAAGGAGGAGUCGUCAAUCAAGAAGAUCAAGCUUGACCUGGAGAAUGCCGAGGUGACGACGCGCGAGAAGCUGGCGCUGAGCGAGCGAGGGGUCAACCUGCUCUCUCGCCACCUGAACCGCCUCCAAGCGCAACUCGAACUCCUCACCUCGUCCGUCCCGCCGCUCCCGACUCUCCCCUCCUUCGCGCCAACCCUCAACACGCCCACUCCGAACGCGAUGUACGGCGCACAAGCAGCUUAUACUGCUACGCCAGGCGGAGUGGGGGCGUACAACCCGUACAUGGCGAGCUACGGCGGGCAGCCUGGAACGCCCGGCAUACCCCGGAAAGCGACGCCCGGUCAGAUCCCCCUCCUUCCCGCGCAGAUGACCCCCGGCGCACCCUCCGGUUACCCCUUCACCGCCCAAACCCCCGGCACCCCCGGCACGCCUCUCGGUUCCUCCGCCGCCGCCAAUUCUCGCCGCGCCGGCCCUUCACGACUGCAGAACGUCGCCUAUGCUUCUCCCGUCCCGGGAACACCGCACGGUCUUCCCCCUCACGCGCAGCAACAACAGCAGCAGCAACAACCGAACCUCGCCUUCCUGCAACAGCAACAGCAGAUGCAAGCGAACCAGCUCCGAAUCGCACAAGCGCAAGCACAAGCGUUGGCGCAACAACAGUUUUCGACGCAGGCGCAGUUUGCGCAGUUGCAGGCUCAGGCGCAGGCUCAGCAGGCUCAGCAGCAUGCGGGUGGGUCGAACAAGAGGAAGAGGGGGGAGGAGGAGAGGAGGGGGCACGAGGAGGUCGAGGGCGAGGCAGAGGGAGAGGACAUGACGCCUUAUUGCUUCUGCCACCGCCCGUCGUUCGGAGAGAUGAUCGGCUGCGACGCGCCCGACUGCAAGAUCGAGUGGUUCCACCUCAACUGUAUCGGGCUGAAGGAGUCGCCCGAGGGGUCGUGGUACUGCAGCCAGUGCGAGCCGCGCAUGAAGGCGCAGCAGCAGGGCCGGUCGGGCAGGAAGCGAUGA